AGAACAUAUACACAGAUAUUGAGAAUUGAGAUAAUAAUAUGUACAAGAGUACCUACAUAAGUCAUAGAUAAUUGUCAAGACUAUCGAGUAUUGACCGAGAAGACGUAGGACCUAUAAAAUUUAGCAAGAAGUUUGUUUAUUGUAAAUAUUUCAGCGGGUAUAUCGCUUGUUUAAUUCAAUAUUCAUAGGGCAUAGAUACUAGAUACUCGGUAGAAGGUAGGAAUCAGAAACUUCAAACUUGUUUUGUUUUGCAUUGAAUUAUUAAUUUAAAAUGGCUAGUGAAGAAUACUCUGGUAAACCAUACAAAAUAAUUGAUUCUAAACGCGAACACAAAAUUGGUAUUGUAGCAACUUCAUUGUCUGAUUUUAUGACUAAAGCUCAACAAAAACUUGAUAUAAAUGAAAAUGAACCCAUUAAAGUCGUUCUUGAAUCUGAUGGCACUGAAAUUGAUGAGGAAGACUAUUUUGACACUUUGGAAACAAAUACAUUAAUUAUGAUUUUAAAAUCUGACCAAAAAUGGAGUCCAUAUGAUAUAAGCUUUAAAUUUGCAGACGAUCAAAUUGAUGGCACACAGAGUUUAAACAGUUUGAUUCGACGUCUGCAAAACGAUAUAGGUCAAAUAGCAUUCUUGAGUGGUUGCGAUCUUGAACUUUUAUCUGAUAUGGAUCCAGAAAGUUUGGUUGAUUUGGCGUUUGACAGGUCAUUUCUAGAUCAAGUUAAAGAAGCUAGUGGACGGUUUCUUUAUGAAAAACGUGAAGCUCAAGAUGCAAUAAAUUUGCUCAAACUCUACCAUGCCUCGACAAUCGGGCAAAAUUCAACCAAGAAAAGUAAAGUUUAAUACUUAAUUAAUAAAAAUAUUACAUUAUUAAAUUCAUUUUACAACCACAACACUUAGUAUGUCAAAAAUUAAAAAAAGAAAGUUUUAAGUUAUUCUAUCACUGUAAAACUAUUAUAAAUAAAUUAAAUAGUUACUUUUUUAGUCAUUAGGUUAGUUUUGUUUGGUUGAUAAGCACUAUACAAAAUUUGAAAAAAUUUGAAUACAGAGAAAAGUUGUAUUCUUAUUCUAUUUUGUGUAUAAUUUGUGUGUUUGAUUAGUGUUAUUUUAAAAACUACCUAUGAUGAUCAUGUCUUACAGCUAAUAGAUAUUAGAUUUCAUUCAACUGUACUAUUGUUUUAGUUAUUAAAUUAAGAAAUAAGAAAUGUAUCAAAAUAUUUUAAAUGCAUUAGUUGAUAAAAUAAAGUAUUACAGAAUAAUUAACUUAACUAUAUGAAUAUACAUAUAUAAAUCAACAUUAAAUUGAAUGAAUUAUUCAAAACAAUUUUUUUUAUAAAAUAUUUUUUAACGUCCAACUAAGUAACAAAAGUUUUUAUAAAUUAAUAAAAUUAAUAAUUUAUUUGCUUAGACCAUUGACAGUCCAUGUAAACACAUUAUUUUUACAUUUUCAUAAAAUGCCCAUAUUACUAAUUUAAUCAAGUUGUAUUUGUGCUAUUUUGAGUCGAAGCAAAAUCUUAGCGAAGCUAUACUAUUUUUCAGUAAAAACAUUAAUAAAUACAAUAAAAUUAACAAUGUUAUAAUGUAAUAAAUUCGAAGAAUUUAACUAAAUAAUAUAUUUUAUUGUCUCUAAUAUCCAAAUAUAAAAAUUUCAAUAAAUAAUAUCAAAUACCAUUAUCAAUAUUAAGUUGAUAAAUGUAAACUAUUAUUUUAAAGCAUUGUUCCUAAUUUAGUUUAUUUUAAAACAAAUUAUAUUUAUCCUGACAAAAAAUAGAUUAUGAAAACCCCUAACAUUAUGUUAAAAUAAGUCUAUAAAAAUUUAAUUUAAAAAGAAAGAUGCAACCAUGGAAAUUUAGAUUUGUUUUACUCUAAUAGUAAAUUUGUUACAUAAAGCUAGUAUAAAAACAUUUAAAUAUGAUUAAAUGAUAUAUUACCAUCAACAAAUGCAUUUAAAAAUAACUUUUAAGUGUUUGAAUUUUUCUAAUUGUGUAACUCUUGACUUGACUGUUUUAUAUUUUUAUAUUGUGUUUUUUUAUCAUCUUCUAGUUUAUAUGACAGAUCUAUCCUUUUAAUAAUCACAAAUAUAUCUGAACUAUAAAGCAACUUAAAAUAUUUUAAUUUAAAAUUAAUAUAUAAUUGUUUUUUAUUUUUGAUUGCUUUAUAAUUAUUCCAAAAAAUUAGGCGGAAGCGUUUUCUUUAAUGUUAUCAAAAAUAUGUCGAAGCACCUUAUUAUGUUGUGUUUUCUCUAUUUAAUAUUGAAAUUAAAUUUAGUAGUAACGUUAAGUAUUGGACCAUUGUUUAAUAAGGGUAAUUAUGAGUUAAUGUUAAGAAUGAAAUUGUAUUCAAUUUUUGUUUUGUAUGUGUAAUAGAAUUUACACAUAUAUAUUUUUUUUAAGCACUGCCAUAGGUAUUGAAACUAGAAAUGUAAUUUACUUCAAACAAUUUGGGUAUAUAUAAAAUAUCCUCUUAAUAGCUAAAAUUGUAAAUGUAUUAGUGGUUUAAAACUUUAAAAUGCACAAAUCAUAUUAUAAUCUUAAAAUUGUAAUCAUUAAUUAUUUUAACUAUUAACUUAUUUAGUGCACAAUUUAUUAUGUAUUAAAAUAUUAAGCUAAUAAAAUUGAUGUGUGGAUAAUAAAAUAGGACUGGCAGUCAAAAUAA